CGCCACCGAGAGUACCUUCGGGUCGCCGGGCCCGCGCCAGUCCCCGCCAUCGGAGCAACAGGGGCGCUGCUCUGGGACCGCGGCCGCGACACCAGGGAAAAGAACAUCGCCUCAGAUGUGCCACAGUGUGAGGGCACCAAAAUGGAAGAAAUAGAGAAUUACUUUGAAUACAUACCAGAAUUCUUAACCUCCAGUUCCCUACCUUUUUCUAGAAGGGAACAACCAUGUCACCGUUUCUUCGAAUUGGUUUAUCCAACUUUGACUGUGGGACCUGCCAAGCCUGUCAGGGAGAGGCCGUGAACCCCUACUGCGCUGUGCUUGUCAAAGAGUAUGUGGAAUCAGAAAAUGGCCAGAUGUACAUCCAGAAAAAGCCGACCAUGUACCCACCUUGGGACAGCACCUUUGAUGCCCACAUCAACAAGGGAAGGGUGAUGCAGAUCAUCGUGAAGGGCAAAAAUGUAGACCUCAUAUCAGAAACAACCGUGGAGCUCUACUCCCUGGCCGAGAGAUGCCGCAAGAACAAUGGGCGGACAGAAAUCUGGUUAGAGCUGAAACCUCAAGGCCGAAUGCUAAUGAAUGCAAGAUACUUUCUGGAAAUGAGUGACACAAAGGACAUGAGCGAAUUUGAGAAUGAAGGAUUCUUUGCGCUGCAUCACCGCAGAGGAGCUAUCAAACAGGCCAAAGUCCACCAUGUCAAGUGUCACGAGUUCACAGCCACCUUUUUCCCUCAACCCACGUUUUGCUCUGUCUGCCAUGAAUUUGUCUGGGGCCUGAACAAGCAGGGUUACCAGUGCCGACAAUGUAAUGCAGCGAUUCACAAGAAGUGCAUUGAUAAAGUAAUAGCCAAGUGCACAGGAUCAGCGAUCAAUAGCCGAGAAACCAUGUUCCACAAGGAGAGAUUCAAGAUUGACAUGCCACACAGAUUCAAAGUCUACAACUACAAGAGUCCAACCUUCUGUGAGCACUGUGGUACCCUGCUGUGGGGGCUGGCAAGGCAAGGACUCAAGUGUGACGCAUGUGGCAUGAACGUCCACCACCGAUGCCAGACAAAGGUCGCCAAUCUUUGUGGUAUAAACCAGAAGCUAAUGGCUGAAGCGCUAGCAAUGAUUGAAAGCACCCAACAGGCUCGCUCCUUAAGAGAUUCAGAACACAUCUUCCGAGAAGGCCCGGUUGAAAUUGGUCUCCCAUGCUCCAACAAAAAUGAAACCAGGCCACCAUGCGUACCAACACCUGGGAAAAGAGAACCCCAGGGAAUUUGCUGGGAGUCCCCUUUGGAUGGGCCCGAUAAGACAGCCCGUCCUCCUGAACCUGAAGUGAGCGUGCAAAAGGCUUCUCUACAGCUGAAACUGAAGAUCGAUGACUUUGUCCUGCACAAGAUGUUGGGGAAAGGAAGUUUUGGCAAGGUCUUCCUAGCGGAGUUCAAGAGAACCAAUCAGUUUUUCGCAAUAAAAGCCUUAAAGAAGGAUGUGGUGUUGAUGGAUGAUGACGUCGAGUGUACUAUGGUGGAGAAGAGAGUUCUGUCCUUGGCUUGGGAGCAUCCGUUUCUAACACACAUGUUCUGCACAUUCCAGACGAAGGAAAAUCUCUUUUUCGUGAUGGAGUAUCUCAAUGGAGGGGACUUAAUGUACCACAUCCAAAGUUGUCACAAAUUUGAUCUUUCCAGAGCUACGUUUUAUGCUGCGGAGAUCAUCCUUGCUCUUCAGUUCCUUCAUUCCAAAGGAAUUGUCUAUAGGGACCUGAAGCUAGAUAAUAUCCUGUUAGACAGAGACGGACAUAUCAAAAUAGCAGAUUUUGGGAUGUGCAAAGAGAACAUGCUAGGAGAUGCGAAGACAAAUACUUUCUGUGGGACUCCUGACUACAUCGCUCCGGAGAUCUUGCUGGGUCAGAAAUACAACCACUCCGUUGACUGGUGGUCCUUCGGAGUUCUCCUUUACGAGAUGCUGAUCGGUCAGUCGCCUUUCCACGGGCAGGACGAGGAGGAGCUUUUCCACUCCAUCCGCAUGGACAGUCCCUUUUACCCGAGGUGGCUAGAAAGGGAGGCCAAGGAUCUUCUAGUGAAGCUUUUUGUGAGAGAACCUGAGAAGAGGCUGGGCGUGAGAGGAGACAUCCGCCAGCAUCCUUUGUUUCGAGAGAUCAACUGGGAAGAGCUGGAGAGGAAAGAGAUUGACCCGCCCUUCAGACCAAAAGUGAAAUCACCAUAUGACUGUAGCAAUUUCGACAAGGAAUUCCUAAGUGAGAAACCCAGGCUAUCAUUCGCCGACAGAGCGCUCAUCAACAGCAUGGACCAAAAUAUGUUCAGCAACUUUUCCUUCAUUAACCCGGGGAUGGAGACCUUCAUUUGUUCCUGAACCUCUCGUCUCCCCCAGACUGGAAGGGAUUUGCUCUCUCUCUCCGAGAACUGGUUCAAGUAACACUUCUGGGCGUCUCUUUUUCACGUUUGAGAAGAAAAGAAACACUCAACCACAAAGACAGGGAGGCCCGCUGAGCUCCUCGCGAGACCCGUUACCUGUAGCACAAACCACGCCUACUUCACUAAUGACAUCACCCUGUUAUAUCUCCUGGAAUUUCUCACGGCAGCCCUUGAAGUUAGAUCAUUGUUAACUCUAGUCAUUUACUUGAAAGAUGGUUCCCGAUACUGUGAAAGAUUCGAGACAUAAUUCUGAUCUUGCCCCAGACAACAGUUGCUGGUUGGUGACGAACCAAGGCGCAAAUGGAACAGAUUUCUCAAGACUGGGACAGCAGAUCACCUGUUAUGGAAGUCAAUUCCACUCAACCACAGAGAAGGAACCACUAACCCACGUCGUCCUGCGCAUGUCUGUGGAAAUGUUGAUGGCAGAAGGGAGGGAAAGGGGAAGCCCUGAGCAGAUUGCAAUGGGAUGCUCUCCAAUAAACAUAGCAUGAAACUUAA